CUAGUUUGCGCGCCAGCGCGUCAUCAAGCAAUCGCGGAACUGGGCAGCGCGUGGGGCGCUAUAUCCAUUGGAAAACACAUCCUGUCGAUUGAUCUAGGAAGCCAUGUUCAAGAAGCCCUUCAAUUUGGGCCAGUCCCACAAAGUUAGCGGCGCUGACCGAAAGAAGCUUCGCAAGGCGCUGGAGAAGGUGUACGGCGUGGGCGAGGAUGGACUGGAGGCCAUCCUGCCGGCCAAGGCGGGCGAGCUGGAGUGUGUGAAGCUGGCAUCGCCCUCCCGCGUGGUUCUGUACCUGCACGACGGCAGCCCCAUCCUGCUGGACCCCAACGGCAAGGGCGACUACGCGCCCACCGUGUUCGCGCUGUGGCGCUGGCCCGACCUGCUGCCGCGGGUGUAUGUGAAGCACCCCGCCGUGAGCCGCUACCUGGUGGGCGGCGCCGACCUCAUGCUGCCCGGGGUGGCGAUGCCGGCGGAGGGGCUGCCGGCGUUCCAGCGAGACCAGCUGCUGGCGGUGUGCUCGCCCGGCAACCCGGCGCCGGUGGCUGUGGGCGCGGCGGUGAUGGACUCCAGCGACGCGGCGGCGCGCAUCCGGGGCCAGGUGCCGGGCGGCUGCAGGGGCAAGCUGGUGGAGGUCAUGCAGCACUACGGCGACUGCCUGUGGUCGGACGUGGGCGGGCGGGCGGUGCCCAACGCCGGCUUUUUGGCGGACGGCGUGGUGCCGCCCGGCGUGGCAUCCGUGGAGGCAACACUAAACGGGGAGUUGGGCGACGACGGCGGCGACGACGGCGCGGAGGCACAGGACGGCGAGGGGGCUUCGGGGCAAGCUGGCGGCGAGUCGGCGGCGGAUGGGGCGGCGGAGCGGAUAGCGGGGCUGUCGCUCGACGGGGCUGGGGGCGCGGGCGGCGAGUCGGGUGCGGCGUCCACGUCAGGUUCGGGGGCAGGGGCGGCAGGUGGCGGCGGCGAGGCGGAGGCGGAGGCUGUGGACAUGGAUGCACUGCUGGAGUCGGUGCUGCUGCAGGCUCUGACCAAGAGUGUCAAGGACGGCGACCUGCCGCUCAAUAGCAGUGUGCUGUGGAACCAACACAUGCUGCCGCAGCGGCCGGCGGGCAGCACCCUGGACGUGAAGAAGAGCAAACAUAAGAAGAUGUCCAAGUUCUUGCAGUCCUACGGCAAAGCGGGCCUGCUGACUUGCAAGGAGGACAAGCACUCGGGCGACGUCAUUGUCACCGCCGUCAACCGCAAGUGCCCGCUGCUGCUAGACUUCAGGCCCUACAAAGCCAGCAGCACCGCCGCCGCAGAGUCCGCAGGCCCCACCGCCGGCGCCCCCGAGACGGCGGCUGCGACCUCCGGCGGCGCCGGCGCCUCCUCCUCCGCCGCCGGCGGCAAUGACGGCUCCGGCUGCCAGGCCCAGCUGCUGAUCGAGGAGGUGUACAAGCCGGGCAGGGAGCUGCGGCCCAUCUUUGAGGAGCUGAAACUCAACCCUGAGGCUCUGUACACGGGCUCUGAGGCCGCGGAGGUGGCGCUGGCCUACGUCAAGGCGGCGGGGCUGGACGACCCGGCCCGCGCGCAGCUGCCCGACAACCGCACGCUGCAGCUGAACCCGCUGCUGUGUGACGCCCUCUUCAAGGGCUUCAUCAAGAAGGGCGAGACCUACCCCACGCACCUGCCCAAGUCCGAACUGCGGGAGGCUUUCAUGCGCCGCAUGCACCUGCAGUGCAGGCUCAGCAGGGGGGCAUACCAGGUGGUGCGCAAGGGCGCGCCGCCCGCGGUGGCCAUCAGCACCGAGAAGCGGCAGGGCAACAAGCGGGUGACCAAGAUCGCGGGGCUGGAGGCGUUCUUGGUGGACCCGGAGGUGGUGGCGGGCGAGUGCCAGCGCAAGUUCGCGUGCAGCACCAGUGUGGUGGACCUCCCUGGCAAAAACACCGGGCAGGAGGUGGUGCUGCAGGGCUCAUUCCCCGAGAAGGCUGCCGACUUCCUCAUGACCACCUACGGCAUCCCUAAGAAGUACUUCCUGGUCAAGUCCGCAUGAGGGUGAUCAGGACUGGUCAGGAAAUCGGCGAUGUGGAUGGUGGCAAUGGGGGAGGAUGGCGAUGGGUAUGAUGGCGUAGAGGGUUGCAAAAGAGGGUCUCGUGAGGCCGUCGGAUGCUGUGCCCUGAUGGGGCUGGAAGGAAGGAGAGGGGCUUUGCGCAGAAGGCUGCGGCAUAGUGUGUUUCGGCUGUGCGCAGUUGGGGCCCCCGGAAUGGGGUUGCUGCGUCGGCGGUUGGGGGUAUGCAUAUGGCGUGGCGUGGUGUGGAUUGGCGUCUAACUGUGUGUUAAAGAGCACAAGGGAAAUGUGUGUGUGGGGGGGGGCAUGCAGCAGAGGUCACACAAUACAGAUGGCUUUCCUCGGGUUUGUGUGUACCUUCAGGCCACGGAUGCGCAAGUAACGAAUGUGGUACGUGGGAGUGGUGAGGGCCAGGCAAGGAGAGCAGCAGGGUGGAUGCCAGUGCGUGGAUGCAUGGGGACCCGUGUUCUGUUGUGGGCUUGGCAGGGAACGUGGUUCGCAGGGUGUCGAGGGCGUAGGCCCCAUUCGCCGGCUGCAGAGUCCGAUUGGUGUGGCAAACUGGCAACCUUCAUCAACUACUUUUCGCGGUGUUCCAUUGUAGAGGAGGUGCAGCGGUUAUUGGCUGGGCGCAGGACACAGCUGGUGUACCUGGUACAAUAUGCUUGCGAGGUGGUUCUAAGUUGAGCUGGUUCAGGAUCCCAGACCCGCCCAGACGUCUCACCGGGUGCCUUCCACUUCGUGGGGGAGAGUAGAGGAGCAUGUUGGACCAUGAGAGGGUUGGAGGCAACAGCUGCGGUGAGUGCGGUCGAACUGGGGUGGGUUGCCAGGGACCCAGGGCUUCGGCACAACGCAAGACUGUAGGCAAAGAGCGUGAGUCACUGAGUGGUGAGACUGUGAAAAUGUUGGCGUUGGCCUGGAAUCUCUGGGCACCGGUAUCGACGCGCCAUGUCCGCGUGCAGGAUGGUGUUCGUGUACAGUUCCGCAGCGUCGGUUUACACAGCCCUUGGGCUCUGUCGAGAAGUAACUCAGCGCGUUCCAUGGCCAGUCUGGAACAUUUGACAUUGAUUGCACUGUUGCAUACCAGACGUUGGACUCAAAGAGGGACAGCCCCGCGUGUCGAGAUCUGAACAUCAACAUGU